CAAGUCUGACAAGUAUUGACAAGCAAGAGAAGAUGAUGAUAUUCUUGCUGCUUUUACAAGCUAUGAGCAGCCCUGUGUUUUCUGCAGAAUGGGAUGCCCAGGUUGUCAUGGACCUCGAGGCCCUGGUUACCUCCUGCGUUGUGAUACCUUGCACUUUCACAUAUCCUGGAGGAAAAAUUGCUAGCUCCAAACUCAGAGGGAUCUGGUUUCUGCGUAAUGAAAGAAAUGACACUGUCUUUCAUGAGGACAAGUCAGAGAUUGCUCCAAAUUUUAGAGACCGCACAAAGUUGAUGGGACGCCUGGGAGAAGGCAACUGCACCUUGGAGAUGAUUGAAGUAAAAGAUCAUGACAGAGGCCCUUUGUGUUUCCAAGCUGAUAUACCAGGGACGGGCCAGUUCACCUUUUUGAAAAACUGUGCCUUGCUGAAAAUGCUCUAUGAUCCUCCAAAGCCAACACUGGCUCACCAAGACACAGCCAGUCAGGGUGAACCGUACACCAUCACCUGCUCUAUCACCCACACCUGUCCCUCUAAUAUGCCUACACUCACAUGGAGCAGGAGCACAGGCAGGAUCAUUGAGGAUCACAAAAACAACGGCUAUGGCAGAUGGGAGAUGCAGUCUAUUCUCACAUUCAUUCCAGAGGAGACAGAUGAUCACUCCAAGAUCACCUGCACGGCCAAAUUUAAUGGAGGGGGGAGCUCGUCUGCAGACCAUACGCUCCUUGUACAACGUAAAAAAAACCACAGGCACAUCAUUGUUCCUACGCUGGUCGGGAUUGUUAUUGCUGUGGUUUUUGGAGCAGCGUGCAUUCUCAUGAUGAAAAAAUAUAAGAAACGUAUUGCAGAACUCCAAAGCAGUGGGAGAGGCAGUGUGUGGAGUCGGCUGUCCAGGAUGUCUCGCAGGAUCCGUUCUGGUGGUGCGGGACGAGGUCAUGUUGAACAAAGGUCUAAAAUGGACAUGAUGGAUUUUGGUGCUGUUCACAUGCCCAAUAAUGUGAGCUCAGCGACAUCUGUGAACCAGAAAAUCAACAAGCCUCGAUUCCCAUCCCCCAAAUGCCAGCCAAGAUCCAACCAUCACAUUGAGGACUAUGACGAUGAUGAUGAUGAAGCAGAUUAUACAAACACGGCAGAGCUCAACAUCUAUGGAAACCUCUGAGGCGACGCCACCUUCCAACGAGAGAGCAAGAUCAGAAGGAAGCACUAAAUCUAAUCACUUCCGUAAUGAUCGCUUGCAUUCAGUGCAUCUGAUGAUUGUCAUUUUGUUCUCCUUUUAUCUCUUUUAUAGCGAAAUGUAUUUAAUUCUAGGUAAUCUGACUGUUUUAUUUAGGAAAAUUUAAAUGUACUCUGAUGAAAUGUAUGAUUAGAGGUUAUGUAUUGUUUGACAGUCUGUAUUGUGUUUCCAUAUCCACUCCUUUACAUUAUGGUCACGUCAUUUCCAUUUAAUAAAAAUGA